AUGGGAGGUUGUCUGUCUCGGUCAUCUUUUACGGUCAAUAAAAGUAAUGCUGAGUACUAUGGUUCACGAAGUCAGCCGAUAGUAUUCAGUGUAUUAGAUACUGAAGUGGUAUUAAGAGAAACUGAAAUUGGUACCUAUUUGUUAUAUAAAGAUAUAGACACCGAGAAGAUUUAUCUGUCAGUUAUGGCCCCAAACCAUAAAAUACGUCAUCAUCGUAUAAUGGAAAUAGAGAAAUUAUUUUAUUUAGAGAAACAGCCUUACCCGUAUUUAGAUUCCAUUAUAUUGUAUCAUAGAAAACAUAAAUUACGAGGCGUCAAAUUAACACAGAGGGCCCACCUGAGCGCACGGGUUGUUAAAGCAUUUACAACAAAAGUAACAGAAAAUAAUGGGAAUUAUUUGGCUCCACCGUCUGCCUACUUGAACGUUUCCUGGCAUGGUUCUACAGAAUCUCUCAUUACGUCAUCAUCGGCAGCAUCUUAA